AUCGGAACUUGUCCGAGACGGCCAUGAACGAUGGGGAUUCGAGGACUGCCAAGGCAGCUAAGAUCCGAGCCCGGAAGUCGAGCCCUUCUACCACCAACCGAUGAUGGAGCCUAGGGGGAACGGUCAUUGUCUCGCUGCGCCAUACUACGCUUCAACUGCGGGACCCAAACCCGCCUCUAGGAUGCCUAAGAUGGCCCAUAUCGACUGGUAUAUGUAUUGGACCAGAAACAUCGGGGUCAAGUGACAGGGCACCGUCCGUAGGCAGGAAUAUUGUCUGACGGCAUGAUGGCUUCUCCAAGCGGCUUCAAUAUUACGAAAAGCGGCUUCAAUAUUACGAAACUGUGGGAGACUGACCCUGCAUCAAUCUCGAACAGCACCGAAUAUUUGCCGCAGGAUCCCUUUCUUCCGCUGCGACGGCCUGGGGGACCAAGUUUCCUCGACACUGAGGCUUGCCUCUGCCAGCGUCAGGCUCCACCGGGACCAUCACCGCCCGAUGGCAGGCCGGAAUACCUGUGGCGAUGCGUCGGGAACCGGAUCGAGGGCGCAAGCACGGCCACGACUGGAAAGUGGUUCCGGCCGAGGCACGACGACAGGGGUGAAGUGUCCGACAUACGGCCGAUAUCCAUCGACGAUGCAACAAACCCUCCCGACACGUCCGCGUCCCUGCAAUGGGACACGGCCUCGGGGUCGCUGGUUCCUGGACUCGAGAGCUUGAGCGUCUGGGACCGGGCCUGCACCGGCGAGAACCACACGGCCUUCUCGACGUCCUUUUACCGGGCUGCGAGCCAGAUUGAGCGAGGAGAAGUGCCCGUCGAUGCAGCGCCGUGUUGGCGAGCCGGUGCUGUUCCGCUGCAAAUCCAGACCGUGUCACAUUGGCAGGCAAAUGGCUGUCUGCCGGGGUUUUUGUGCGCGAACAACACUGUCAACUCACUCCCUCAAUACUGCCCCCCCUUCAACGAGUGUCAGGGUGCCAGGCUCGGGAGCCUCCAAUGCAUCGUCAAUGAUAGCAUCGUCGCCAUGGGGCCCUUCGAGCCCGUCAUCUGCCAAUCAGGAUAUUACUGCCCACCAGGAGGGAAGGAGAAGCUCCGGUGUCCCAAGGGUUCCUAUUGCCAGCAGGGAGCCGUGACACCGACACCGUGUGCCACCGGAAGUUACUGUCCCGAAGGUUCCAUGUACCAGCGCUAUCUCAUACCCAUCAGCAUCAUGGCGGCACUUGAUCUUCUCCUGCUAAUUGGCUUCCUCGUGCUUCGCUGGCGCAAGUCGGUGAGAGCGAGGGGCACGCAGGAACACCGUCCCAAGACUUCGGAUAGUUUGAACGGCCCGGAGAUGACAGACGUGGAAGCAGGGGUGUGCCACGGCGACGGCGGCGUCCAGGCCGCAACCCAGGACACCCUCAAGAGCAGUCCCUCGUCCGAGCUCCGAGCCUUCGUCGAGUCAAUGCGCAGGGUGACCGACGUAACGGCGGACUUUGGUGGUCUCUCCUUUGGCUACUCCGACCUCAGUUGCCGGCCCAAAGGCGGCAAUGAACCGAUCCUGCAAAACAUCAGCGGCUCCAUCCGAGCCGGCCGCCUGACUGCCAUCAUGGGCGGCUCAGGGGCGGGCAAGUCGACCUUUGUCAAUGUCUUGAUGGGCAGGGUGGAGGGCGCGCGCGGCAACAUCACCAUCAACGGCGUGCCGGACAAGCUCCAGCGCUACAAGAAGCUGAUCGGCCAUGUCCCACAGGACGACAUUGUGCUGCCGGACCUGACGGUGUACGAGAACAUACUGCACUCGGCCCGCAUCCGCCUCCCGCGCGCGUGGGGGGACGACGACAUCCGGGCUCACGUCGACUCGGUCGUCCGCUGCCUCGAGCUCUCCCACGUCAAGGACUCGAUGGUGGGGAGUGUCGGCAAGCUCAGCAUCAGCGGCGGUCAACGCAAGCGCGUCAGCAUCGGCGUGGAACUGGCCGCCGCGCCGAUGGCCAUCUUCCUGGACGAGCCGACGUCCGGUCUCGACUCCACGGCCGCGAGCUCUAUUAUGGGCAUGCUCAAGGCAAUCACGCGGCUGGGCAUCACUGUCGUUGUCAUAAUCCACCAGCCGCGUGCGGAGAUCUUCGAUAUGAUCGACGAUCUCAUCCUCCUGGCCAACGGCCAGCAGUUGUACGAAGGGCCAGGGACCGAGGUGCGCGCCUUCUUCGAGAAGCUCGGCUACCGCUUCCCACCAUAUGCCAAUUCCGCCGACAUCGUGACCGACAUCAUCACGGGCAACGGCCGACCGUACAAGGGAACAGGCGACAUCUCCAAAGACCGGCUGGUGAAGCACUGGAGGGCCUCUAGCUACGGCGCUAGUUCAGCAGCCAUCAGCACCAUCGACGCGAACCCCAAUCCAUCGGUUCGAGCCAUGCCGAGCGCUGGGGAUCUGUCGAGCGGCACCACCACAGAGGCUCCUUCGCGGGCCCCGACUCUCUGCCCCCCAAUACCGGAUGAAAAAAGCAGCAGCGACACCGAGGACCGCAGCCAGGACGACAGCAACAACGACGAGACCAACAUCGACAGCACCAACAUCGACUCUAGCAACCCCCCACCGGAAGAAAGAAGCUCCAGCCCUAAACCUACCACGACCAACAACAAGCCUGCACUCCUCCCGCGGGCCAGCUUCAUCUCCAUCUGCAGCAACAAAAUGACCACAUUCCGCGACUCCGUGAUCGGCGGCCUCCCGGGCGUGGUCUUCCCGCGGCGCAUCACUCAGCAACCAGACCCGCGCCGCGACCUCCUGACCAUGCAGCAGCACCUCGCCAAGCGGGGAGCGCCGCGGCCGCGGCAAACCAUGCUCUGCCUCUCCCGGGCGCUGCGGCAGCAGCAGCGCGACCCGGCCAGCCUGGUGUUCGAGCUGGGGCUCGCCGCGCUGGCGGGCCUGCUGCUGGGACUGGCCGAGAGCCCCAAGAAGGGCGUGCUCUUCCUGGGUCCCUACCAUCCGCCCUACGACAUCCUCUCGGUGAGCAUGGACGUCGAGUCGGCGCCCGAGAUCGCGCUGCUGGCGGCCAUUGCCAUCGGGCUGGUGUCGUCGGCGCCCGGGGUGCGGUUCUUCUCCGAGGAGAUGCUGCUGCACCGCCGCGAGGCCCGCGCCGGCCACUCGCGGCUGGCCUACUUUGUGGCUAAGAACGUGAGCGUGCUGCCGCGCAUGGCGCUGGCCUGCCUGCACUUCACCGCGCCGCUGCUCCUGCUCAGCGUGCCCAUUGUGCCCUUUGGCGUGGCGUUUGUGACGAACCUGUUUUACUUUUAUUGCAUCUAUGGGCUGGCCAGCUGUGUGAGCAUGGUGGUCCGGCGGGAGGCCGCGCCGUUGGUGGCAACCAUGGUGGCGCUGAUUGUGGGCAUUCUGUCGGGCACCGCGCCGUCGUUGAAUACCGUUAAGGGCUGGCAUUUGGAGUGGCUAUGGCGCGCAAGUCCCGGCGUGUGGCUCGCCGAGAUUUACUUUGGUCAGCUAGUCAAUCCACUCCGAUAUAUCUACGAUGCAGACCUAGCAGCGAGGCUCGUUGGCUUUGACUUGGAUCAGAUGGGGAGAAACUUGGGCGUCCUGGUGGUCAUCGGCACGAUAUAUCGCGGGAUAGCGUUUGUUGGGCUGGUGUCUGGGGAGAACAUACGUAUCUAGACACCGGGAAAUAGUAUCAGCAGAAUUAAACUGUCUCGAAACGCUAUCA